CUCUUGGGGAUUGGAUCGAGGCAGAAAACGUCAAGAACGUGACGUGAGGGGCGGGACACAAGACAGCAUUGGCCCCAGGCUAAUACAGAACUCUAUUUCGGGCCCUGUCAGAAAGUGGAGGUGGCUCCUGAGAGGCCUUUGUGCACUAGUUCUCCUGGUUCACAUAUGAGAAGAAAGAGUGUGAAAAAAAAACAUGGGGUCCGAAUUGGAGAACCUAAAUCCAAGUGCCAGAAUAAUGACAUUCCGUCCAACUAUGGAAGAAUUUAAAAAUUUCAGCCGUUAUGUUGCCUAUAUAGAGUCUCAAGGAGCCCAUAGAGCUGGACUGGCAAAGAUUGUUCCUCCUAAGGAAUGGAAGCCACGCACAUGGUAUGAUGAUAUUGAUGAUCUGGUCAUCCCUGCUCCCAUUCAGCAAGUGGUUACUGGCCAGUCAGGCCUCUUCACUCAGUAUAACAUCCAGAAGAAACCUAUGACAGUCCGAGAAUUCAGGAGGAUAGCAAAUAGCGACAAGUACUUUACUCCUCGAUAUACAGAUUUUGAAGAUCUUGAACGCAAGUACUGGAAGAAUCUCACUUUCAAUGCUCCCAUCUAUGGGGCAGAUGUUAAUGGCACACUCUAUGACAAGCAUAUAGCUGAGUGGAAUAUUGGUCAUCUGAAUACAAUUCUGGAUAUAGUAGAAAAUGAAAGUGGUAUUACCAUUGAGGGAGUGAAUACGCCUUAUCUCUACUUUGGGAUGUGGAAAACAUCCUUUGCCUGGCACACGGAGGACAUGGACCUGUACAGUAUAAAUUAUCUGCAUUUUGGAGAACCCAAGUCCUGGUACUCUAUUCCUCCAGAGCAUGGGAAGCGGUUGGAGCGUCUCGCUAAAGGAUUUUUUCCUGGAAGUGCUCAGAGUUGUGAAGCUUUUCUCCGUCACAAAAUGACCUUGAUCUCACCAUCAAUAUUGAAGAAAUAUGGCAUCCCAUUUGACAAAGUGACUCAGGAAGCAGGUGAAUUCAUGAUAACUUUUCCUUAUGGAUAUCAUGCUGGUUUUAAUCAUGGCUUCAAUUGUGCUGAAUCUACUAAUUUUGCCACACUUCGUUGGAUUGAGUAUGGAAAGCAGUCUGUUUUGUGCUCAUGCCGAAAGGACAUGGUCAAAAUCUCCAUGGAUGUCUUUGUGAGGAAAUAUCAGCCUGAUCGUUACAAGCUCUGGAAAGCUGGGAAAGAUGUGACAGUCAUUGAUCAUACUCUUCCCACACCAGAAGCAACUGAGUUCUUUAAGGGCGAAUCCCUUCAAAAAGUUAAGAAUGAGAAGCAGUGCCCUGAAGAAACUGAAACAGAGGAAGAAUGCAAAGCAGAUGAGGAUAUGGAGAAAAAAACUGUCCCAAAGCAUCGCAUUGGAAGCAAGCGGCACCGAGUCUGCUUAGAAGUUCCUCAUGAGGUGAGCCAAAGCGAGUCCUUUCCCAAGGAGGAAAUGCUCCCAGUGCAGUUUGAGAUGGAGGAAGCAGCCCCUCCAGUUGGACCUGCUAGAGAACCUGUACAGCAAGGGGAUGAAGGGCUUGCACCUCCAGAAUAUGCAGAUUCCUCUGAAGUAAAAUUUGAAGAACUGAAAAAUGUUAAACUAGAUGAUGAUGAGGAGGAGGAGGAGGAGGAGGAAGAAGAGGAACCAGAAGCAGCUGUUUUAGAUCUUUCCAUUUCACAUUCUGUGUCUUCAGUUUUGACCCAAUCUAUUAUAAAACCAAGCCCAGUGUCCAGCCUUCAGUCUAGCUCUUCUUUUUGUUCUGGCUCUUCAGAUUCUGAACCCCCUGAUCUUUCCAGGCAGUUGGUUGACCAAACUGAAGUUCUCACAGUUCAUAGUUAUGCUAAGGAAGAGGUGAAUGUCAUGGAGAUAGAACAGCCUUCCCGGAAGAAAACCAGUUCCACAGCUCGUGUGGAUGAACAGGAGCUUGCAAAAAUGGCAAAGGAGUACAUCAGAUCUGUAAAGGAUCAUAAGAAGUCAAAAGGACGUCGCCAGCCCUUGACCAAACUGCCACGUCAUCACCCAUUGUUGGUUAAAGAUAGCCUUAGUGAUGAUGAAAUGUCAGAGCAGUUAACACCUGAAGAAGAAACUGAAGAGAUGGAAGCAUGGGCCAAGCCUCUCACCCAACUGUGGCAGAAUCGUCCUCCAAACUUUGAAGCGGAAAAAGAGUAUAAUAUUGCCAUGGCUCAGCAGGCCCCCUAUUGUGCAGUGUGCAUGCUAUUCCAAACCUACCAGGCAGAUUGUGGAAGUCAGAGCUUACAAGCAGUUCCAAAUGCUGCUAAUGGAAAGAUGAGAACUAAGCCCCUCAUCCCUGAGAUGUGUUUUACUACCACUGGCUGUAGCACAGAUGUCAAUCUCUCUACCCCAUAUCUGGAGGAAGAUGGGACCAGUAUUCUGAUCACAUGCAAUCACUGUCAGGUCCGGGUCCAUGCCAGUUGUUAUGGAGUAGCCCCAGAGAAGGCAACUGAAGAUUGGAAAUGCUCUAGAUGCAAAGCAAAUGCUUUAGAAGAGGAUUGCUGCUUAUGCUCACUUCGUGGAGGUGCACUUCAAAAAGCCAAUGAUAACAAGUGGGUACAUGUUAUGUGUGCUGUGGCAGUUCUGGAGGCCAAAUUUAUAAACAUUGCCCAGCGUAGUCCAGUUGAUGUCAGCAAAAUUCCACUGCAACGCUUCCGACUGAAAUGUGUCUUCUGUAAGAAGAGGCGGAAGAGAAUCGCUGGUUGUUGCAUGCAGUGCUCUCAUGGUCGCUGUCCUACAUCUUUCCAUGUCAGCUGCGCCCAGGCAGCUGGAGUCAUGAUGCAGCCAGAUGACUGGCCGUUUGUAGUCUUCAUUACCUGUUUUCGACAUAAAAUUCCGUCUCAAGCAGAACGUGCUAAGGCCGGUCUACAGGAUCUUGCUGUGGGGCAGCCUGUGAUAAGCAAGCACAAGAACGGACGUUUCUAUCAAUGUGAAGUGAUCAAUCUGACGAAAGAAACAUUUUAUGAGGUCAACUUUGAUGAUGGCUCCUUCAGUGAUAACCUAUAUCCAGAAGAUAUUGUGAGUCGAGAUUGCCUCCAGCUUGGUCCUCCACCUCCAGGAGAAGUUGUUCAAGUGAGAUGGACAGAUGGACAGGUCUAUGGAGCUACAUUUGUGGCUUCUCAUGUCAUCCAGAUGUACCAGGUGGAGUUUGAAGAUGGAUCCCAGCUGAUGGCAAAAAGGGAUGAUGUGUAUACACUUGAUGAAGAACUUCCUAAAAGAGUCAAGUCAAGGCUGUCUGUUGCCUCUGACAUGCGCUUCACAGAGAUCUUCACGGAGAAAGAAGUCAAACAAGAGAGAAAAAGACAGAGGGUGAUCAACUCACGCUAUCGUGAGGAUUACAUCGAGCCUGCACUGUACCGGGCCAUUAUGGAGUAGUAGCUUGCAGCAGGAUUGCAGUGAUCACCCAAAAUGGAUUCUAGCAUCCCAGCAUAGCAGAAGCCAAACAGACAGUCUUCAUAUCCCACUUAAAAAAGAAGAAGAAGAAAUGAGAUAAGCUUAUCUGACUCUGUAGCACCUUGAACAUAUGGAUUUCACUUUACUGGCAAACUCCAAGGCUAUCAUUUGGGAGCACACCUUUGAGUUCAUGAAGCAUUUGGCUCAUACCAGCUUGAUGACAUCCCCGUUAGCUGUGAGUUUCUUCAUUCAAUACAAACUGUUCUUUGACAGAAGGAUAACUUUCCAUUACCCCCCAAGGAAUAGCCCAGAUAGCCGUAGUGCUAAAAAUGACGUUCCCCAUUUUUCCUGGAUUAAAUAUCUAUUUCUGGGGGAAAUUCCGAGCUCAUCCUGCCUGCAGAAAGCUGGUGAUGUUACUGGUGCUUGACAAUGGAUUCCUUUUUAUAUUUAUAACCCUGUUUUUUGCCAUGAACAUGCUUCUUUUUUUUUUUUAAGCAUCACCUCUCUGAGAACAGAGCUAAGUGAGCUGAAGAAUGAAGAGUGAAAUUUAUUAGCUCUCUUUAUUCCCAACUUCUUGAACCUUUGAAGCUUUUGUCCCUAUUUUAUAUUCAGAGACUUAUUUACUCAUAUGUUUAAUUGGUAUAAUUUGUACCUAUGUAAUAGGAAAAGGUUUUGAGCCAUUCAGCGCUGUGCAUUCCUCAGGCAAGAGAAUCCUGGGAAAUAUCCUCAAUUAAGGCAAUAAGGACUACAAGGACUCCCAUUCCUGUGUGGCUUGGAAUGGCCACAAAUUGGGCCCAGGUUUGCAACCAGAUUGCCUGAGAAAAUGAGCAUUCUUUCAUCUCACUGGCAAUGACCCCAAAUUGUGGGGUAUUUGAAUCCAGUUUGAAUAUUCAUUAAAUUAUGUCAGAGGUCAGCAUUAUUGGUAUUUCUAUUUGGAAGCUUUGCACUGUUUUUGCCCAAACCUGUAUAGGUAAGACUAAUAGAAGGGCUCAUGUAUAUUUAGAUUUAUCUUUUGUGGGACAGAAAAAAGGAAGCUGAAGGUACAUUUUCAAGAGGUGUCUCAUUUCUUGUUGUGCAGUCAUUGGGGACAAUUUUUAUCCAGAUAUAUUGCAAGAAAAAGUGCAAAGCUACUUCUCCAUUUAUAAACAUGCUCUUGUAGUCUAGGUCUAUAGUAUCUGGAACGUGCCCAUAUCAUCUAAUCUUGGAAGAUAAAUGUGCUUAUGUUUACUAGAGGAAAGACUGUAGCAUUCCUUCCCUUGAUUUAUCUGUUUAUCUUGCUGCAUAAAGUUCACACAACAGAUUAUGUCAACAAUUGAUAUAGGUAGCCCUAUAUUUACAUCCAUUCAUUUAAAAGUGGUUCAGAGUUAUGACAGCUUUAGAAAUAUGACAAGAGUGUGAUUUGUGAUCUUUCAACAAGCAAUUGGGAAGCAGGUUAACUGUGAUUCAUUUAAUGACCACAUGUUUCAUUUAAUGACCACGAUAAAAAUGAUUGUAAAAUCAGGUCCAGUCACAUGAUUCAUUUUAUGACUGUACCAACUUACAACAGAAAUUCCAGUCCUAAUUGUGAUUGUAAGUUGAGGACUUACAAAGCAAAAUUCUUCAAAGUUCAGGUGAACAAAAUCUCAAAGCCUUUUCUGUCUCUCUCUUCCUUUAUUAAUUAGGAUCCUGAAUGCAUUUGGAGGAAACCUAGAAGAAGUGGAGAGAUGUACAUUUCAGUAUACAGUAUUGAUCUCUUUUGUGUAUUACUUUAGAAUUUAAAGCUGUAUUACUAUAGAGAUUGGCUCUCUUCAUAAGCACAAUAUAUAUAAAUAUAUACAAAGGAGCAACUUUUGAAAUAUUUGCAAUUGGACACUGCCUCUCAAGUUGGAAGUAAGAUUGGCAAUUAUAAAGCACAUGAGAAUAUCUUAAUGCUCUCAGUUGCUACCUUUUAAAAAGUGUUAUGUCUCCAGUCUCUUUUUGGGUCUUGAAUAGAUGUCUCCCUAGUAUUUAUUUAAAUGGUUUGUAUUAUCUAGCAAGAUGGGCAGCCUUUUCUUUUUGGCCCUUACGUAUUAAGCAAAAGUCAUUCUCUAUGUUAGUAUUCUUUUGAUUCCCCAGGAAUGUUUUUAGUAUGAAACAGAUAUCCCCCUCUCUUUUCUUAUCUUAACCUGGAGGUUACUGCUGUCCCAGAUAUAAUAGACUUUUCUGUAUCAAUAUUAAAACUGAAUCAUGACGCCAAAGGUUCAUUCAACAGGCAUAGGGACUUUUCCUUAAGUUUUUUUUUUUCUGCUUUCAGAUUGAAAAUAAACUCUAGUUAAUAUGUAUCAAUGGAUUUAAAAAUAUUUUUGAACUGUAGUGUGAGCUGUUGUUCAAAAUCUUUCUGAAUUUUUAAAAAUGAAUUCACAUCAUAAAUAUGUCUGAGUAUACCUACACAUUGGUUUAAUUCAUUUCAAAAUCUAGAAGAUGAUUUUACAGGAUUUUAAUAUGCUUAUAAUUGAGCAGGCAGUUAAGAACUCUUUAAAAGCCCUUUUAAUCAUUAUAUCCUAUUUUAUUCUUACAAAUGUGUCUGUUGCUCUCAUCCAGUCAAACUGCAAUUGUUUUAUCUUAAAUCAUUGUAAUAAAAUUGUUGAUUAAUUUUAUAAGUUUGACACAUAAUUGGGAUAAACUUCUUCCUAUGGAUGGUUUAACAAGCUUUUGAAAAUAUAAGCACCUUUUUCUUAGUUUGUCCCCAGUAUUUAAUAUAUGCACACACCUCUGUAUAAGGUUGCAGCAGGCUUUAUAUGUACAAAAAAGAACAAGAUGAAAUAUGUGAUCUAAACAUGAUCUAUUAUGAUUUCUUGAAGACGGACUCCAAUAAUUUCUGACCUAUUGGAAGUUGUGCUGGUUUUGGGAUGCCAGUGUGAGAUGUAUACAAGACAGGCAGCUUUAUGUAUUGUUUUUCUGAUCUAGUAAUAUAAUUUUGGACUAGACUCAACUGAUUAAAUCUAAAACACUUUAACACUGAAAUCCUGAGUGUCUUCAGUUUCCUUGAACAUCUGUCCUAAAUUCUUUUUUUAACAAGUUACAUCUAUUCAGUCUUAGUUAACUAACCAGCUACCUACCCCGAGUCAGGAAUUAUUCUAGUUUUUCUUCAAUUAUUAACUAUUCUAGCUUUUAUUUAGCUAAAAUAAAAAAUAUUACCAUAAGUGUU